AUGCACAUACUUGGAAUGUCAGAGAAAAACUCAAUUACUCCAGGUGGCAGCCACAAUAGUGGAAAUCCACCCGUGGGAAUUCCCACGGUUAGGGCAAGGAUUCUGGAGGCCCUACCUAACACUCCAACACACCCUGUCGUGGCGGUGGCUGACUUGGCCGCCACGCUAGGUAAUGCACCAAGCCAGAAGGAAGAGAAGAACAAGGGAGACGCGGCGGCCUUUAGGAAGAGCAGCCUGUUGGCCCAUUCCCCACCCCUCGUGCCACCCCUGGCGCCUGAGAGGAGUGCGGUCGGCGACCCCACCGACUCGGCCAAGAGGGGCAGAGACCCGGCCAGCCCGACGAGCGGUACAAAGGGUACGCUUCCAAAGAGAAGCAAAGCCGCCCAGGAGGAGGCCAUCCCUGACGUCGAGGUUGAGCAGGAGAUGACGGCAUCCGGCAUCGAGCGGUCAGCAGUGGAGCCCGAAAAAACGAGCGAGCCGGAGAGCGUAUGCGGCAGAUGCUCCCAGAUUCUACCAGCUGGGAAGCCGGUAGAAAGCAAGGCACAACAGACGGCGGUAGUGCUAAGGAAAGACCGGGCAGUUCAGACUGACCCGUGGAGAAGGGUAAGCCAGCAAGACGGCAUAGCCGGGGCUAGUGAAGUCCCCAGGCAGAGGCGAGCCCCACCAGCCCAGGCCACAGCCCCCGCAGCGCCGAGAAACGGUGCCAGAAAGGCACGGCCUGAUGCCCCAGCGAUGCCUCGGGCACCGGAGCGUCGGCAUGGGAGCGCAGGAAGGCCACCCGAACCCGAGCCUGUGACUGCCGGGAAUUCGUGGAGCACAGUGGUCAAGAAAAAACCAGCUCGCAGAGCACGCCCAGACGCGGUGGUAGUGGAAGCUCCAGGGAAGAGUUACAGCGAGAUCCUGGCCCUGGUCACGAGAAGGGAGGAUAGACAGCUGACAGAUCUCGGAGGGGCUGUCACCAAGGUGCGCCGGACAGCUAGGGGAAAUCUUCUCCUCGAAGUAGCCAGAGGGAGCACAGAGAGCGCUGAGUCCAUGAGGGACAGCAUCUCCAAGGUCCUGGGCGACGCCGCGGAAGUGCGAGCCCUGACGGAGGAGUCGAAGGUCUGCGUCUUCGUGAUACGUAACCUCGACGCGAUCACGACGGAGAGGGAGAUUCGUACCGCCCUCGCUGAGCAGUACCAGCUAAGCGACGGAGCAGUGAGGAUACGAAGCCUCCGCCCCGGGUACGGGGAAUCUAAAACGGCGGUCUUCAGCCUGCCUUGCUCGAUGGCAAAGGAAGUCAGACGGCGCGGCGAGGUCCGCAUAGGUUGGACCAGGUGCAGAGUGCGGGAGCGCGAAGGCCCUCCUCGCUGCUUCAGAUGCUUGGAACUUGGGCACAUCGCCAUCAGGUGCAAGAGCCCGGUGGACAAGAGCGGCUACUGCAUCAAGUGCGGCGAAGCAGGCCACAAGGCCGCUGCCUGCAAAAAGGAGCCAGUGAUCCUUCCAGCGAGCUCCGGAGAGGCCGACGUUCGACGCGGCAGCAAAAGCCGCCAGGCCGGAAAAGGCGCGGCGCAGGACCUGCUUACGCAGACAGUGCGCGAGGUAGCGGCGGAUGUGGCCAUACUCAGCGAGCCAUACAGGGUGAGCGUGGGAGGAGAGUGGGCCAAGGACCGCUCUGGCAAGGCGGCUCUUUGGCUCUGCGGAGGCAGGCGACUACGGAUGUCCAAUAUCCUGGCUGCGGACGGAUUCGUGCGGGCGGAAGUUGGCGGCUACUGCGUCUAUAGCUGCUACUUGGCGCCUAGUCUCCCACUUGAGGUGUUCAGUAGGAUCCUGGAUGACCUAAGCUCUGACCUUCGUGGGAGGCACAAAGUUAUAGUCGGAGGAGACUUCAACGCCUGGGCCCAGGAAUGGGGAUCCGUCUCGACCAACGCCAGAGGACGCGCGGUGCUCGAGGCGUUUGCAUCGACAGACGUCGUCCUCCUUAACGACGGUGAGCGGCAUACGUUCGUCAGAGCAGGAGCAGCCUCCAUCAUCGACCUUACGUAUUGGGAGGUCCCGCGGAAGAUACCCGUGCAGCACCGCGGCCCAGCAAAGCCUACCGGCCUGUGCACGCAGGCGUUCACAAACGCGCUGGACGGCAUGGCGGCCGAAGUGACGGGGGGAGCCAACGAAAUUGCGAACCGCAUCGCAGCAACCCUGGAGCACGCCUGCGACCAGAGUAUGCGCCAGAGAGGCUCGUUUCGAGGAAACCACAGACCAGUGUUCUGGUGGAGCGACGCGAUCGCCGACCUCAGGGCCACCUGCCUUCGAGCCCGUAGGCAGCUGACUCGUGCACGCGGAACCUCACGAGUCGCUGAGCGUAGCGAGGUCUACAGGACGGCGAGAAAGGCCCUCAAGACGGCCAUAAGGGAUGCCAAGAGGAACCGUUUCCUGCAACUCUGCGACGAGGCGGAGGACGACCCCUGGGGCGGAGCGUACAGGAUGGUGGUCAAAUGGCUGAGAGCCGGCAGCUCUGCUCCAUCGGACCCCGUAGCCCUAUAA